AUGCCAUUAUUUGAUCUUAUUUCUCCAAAAGCGUUUGUUAAGUUAGUGGCCAGUGAGAAGGUUCAUAGAAUCGUUCCAGUUGAUGCAACAUGGUACCUACCCAGUUGGAAGCUUGAUAAUAAAGUGGAUUUCUUGACCAAACCACGUAUACCAAACUCCAUUUUCUUUGAUAUUGAUGCAAUCAGUGACAAAAAAUCGCCCUAUCCACAUAUGUUCCCUACAAAGAAGGUUUUUGACGACGCUAUGAGUAAUUUAGGAGUUCAAAAAGAUGAUAUAUUAGUGGUUUACGAUCGUGUUGGUAACUUUAGCUCCCCUAGAUGUGCUUGGACAUUAGGAGUGAUGGGACAUCCUAAGGUGUACUUACUAAAUAAUUUCAACCAGUACAGAGAGUUUAAGUACCCUCUAGAUUCCUCUAAGGUGGCAGCGUUUUCACCCUAUCCAAAGAGUCAUUAUGAGUCCUCAGAAAGUUUCCAAGACAAGGAGAUUGUAGACUAUGAGGAAAUGUUCCAAUUGGUAAAGAGUGGGGAACUGGCUAAGAAAUUCAAUGCUUUCGAUGCAAGGUCGCUCGGUAGAUUCGAAGGUACAGAACCAGAGCCUCGUUCCGACAUUCCAUCGGGGCAUAUUCCAGGUACCCAACCAUUACCAUAUGGAAGUUUACUUGAUCCGGAGACCAAAACGUACCCAGAAGCUGGGGAGGCGAUACACGCUACUUUGGAAAAGGCAUUGAAAGACUUUCAUUGCACUUUGGACCCAAGUAAACCAACUAUUUGCUCUUGUGGAACUGGCGUUUCAGGAGUCAUUAUCAAGACAGCAUUGGAGCUAGCAGGAGUUCCCAAUGUUAGAUUAUAUGAUGGAUCCUGGACCGAGUGGGUCUUGAAAUCCGGGCCCGAGUGGAUUGCUGAAAACAGAGAUUAA